CUAGUGUUAUACACAAUUACCAUGUAUGGCUGCAUUUUGUUAUUUAUUAAUUAUCACGUUUACGUAUUGAUAUAAAAUUGAGUAACUGCGAGCUACAAAUAUUGAGAUAAUAAAUAGUAUUCGAUAUGGAUAUCGGUGAACUACUAUCAUACAAGCCACCCAAUACACCGAAGCGGCCAGUACAUGGAGAUGAGGAAGAUGAGGAUAACUGGGAAAAUGUUAAACGAGCAAAGCGUGUGAUUAAAACGCCAUAUCAUCCUCGUCAGCGACAGAUCAAUGAGGGAGAUCUCACUCCGGCUGCUAGCAAUGAACCUCCUACACCGAUCAGAGCUGCACUUCCAGCUCCAGCCAAUGAUGUUAUCGAACCUCAGUUGACAGAAAAAGAAAAACAAGAGAUUAUCAAGUAUGUAGAGACGGAAGCAGCAGAGGUUGAAGCCUUAGAUGAAGCCACACUAAAACGAAUGGUUCUAUUGUUUGAAAAACGAGCUCUUAGGAAUCAAGAAAUGAGGGUAAAAUUUCCAGAUCAGCCAGAAAAAUUCAUGGAAUCUGAAGUGGAACUACAUGAGACAUUGCAAGAACUAAAUGUAGUGGCAACAGCCCCAGAUCUCUACCCAAUAAUGGUAGAACUUGGUGCUGUGCCUUCCAUGCUAGAGCUUCUUUCUCAUGAAAAUACAGACAUUGCUGUUGGAGUGGCUGAUCUACUGCAAGAGCUCACAGAUGUUGACAUUUUGCAUGAAAGCCAGGACGGGGCAGAUACGCUUAUAGAUGCAUUGCUGGAACAGCAAGUAUGUGCCCUCUUGGUGCAAAAUUUAGAAAGGCUUGAUGAAAGUGUAAAGGAAGAAAGCGACGGAGUUCACAAUACUUUGGCCAUAUUCGAAAAUCUACUCGAGUUCAGACCAGACCUCUGUGUGGAUGCAGGCAAGCAAGGACUCCUCCAGUGGCUAUUACGAAGAAUCAAGGUGAAGGCUCCAUUUGAUGGAAAUAAGCUAUACGCCAGUGAACUGCUAUCUAUACUUGUUCAACAAACGCCUGAGAAUAGAUUGCUGCUUGGGGAUUUGGAUGGAAUAGAUGCUCUUUUACAACAGCUCGCUUUCUACAAGCGUCAUGAUCCCCGAACGGCAGAGGAACAAGAAAUGAUGGAGAAUCUGUUUAACGUUUUGUGCUCCAGUCUAAUGGCAACGAUAAAUCGAGACAGAUUUCUCCGUGGUGAAGGGCUCCAGCUGAUGAAUCUAAUGCUACGAGAGAAGAAAAUGUCUCGUAAUGGAUCUUUAAAGGUACUAGACCAUGCUAUGAAUGGGCCAGAUGGAAAGGACAAUUGCAUGAAGUUUGUAGAUAUACUAGGAUUAAGAACAAUUUUUCCAUUGUUCAUGAAAACACCAACUAAGAACCGAAAAAAAAUACUCACAACAGAAGAGCACGAAGAGCACGUCAUUUCCAUUAUCGCAAGUAUGCUGAGGAAUUGUAAAGGAGCACAGAGACAACGUCUGAUAAGCAAAUUCACCGAAAACGAUUUUGAAAAAGUCGAUAGACUGAUGGAGCUUCAUUUUAAAUACUUGGAAAAAGUAGAGGAGGUUGAAAGAGAUACAAAGGAUGACGAAGAAGAGGAAGAAUCUUACAUGAGGAGACUGGAUGGAGGAUUAUUCAUUCUCCAGUUAGUAGAUUACGUUUUAUUGGAAGCCUGUACAGGCUGUCCGCCAACGGUGAAACAACGGGUAACUAGAAUUCUCGCACAAAGACGUGCAUCUCUCAAGACCAUAAGGCACAUUAUGAGAGAAUAUGCGGGUAAUCUUGGUGAUGCAGGCGACAAUGAGUGGAGAGAAGCAGAACAGCAACAUAUUUUGCAACUGAUCGACAAGUUCUGAUGCUUACCUACCUCAAGAUUUUCAGCCUUUAUAAUGAUGAGAAGAUUGUCCCACAUUACCCAAUUGUGUUCACACGUAAU